AUGUGUCGCUCCUUGCUCGCAACCUGGCUUAUUUCGACGUAUGUUGCCUCUACCUUCAGCCUGCCCCUCCCUUUACUCGCCGCCUCCCAUGGUCUCGCCCCGCUCUCGGAACUCUCCUGGCAUCUGAACCCAGAGCCCGAAGACUCUGGCAAGACCCAUGAUCUGGAGCGGAGAGGAUUAGCGCAGCUUGAUAGAGAGGUCUCUCAAGGGCAAGAAGAUGGAGUCCCCAAAGUCACAACCAUCUCUCCCUCUGUGGCGUUCAACGAUACACCCCUUGAGCUCUCCGUCCGGGCUCGCCUGUCUUUACCGCUCUCCUUUUCAAUAUUUCUCGACAUCCCUUCACAUGACACCCAUGCGUAUCAUGCGCAAGGAGAUUCAUUCGUUGCUGUCGCACAGCGAUUCCCAGCACGUACAUUAAGCCCUAUUCGAACAGUAGACAUCCACGCGCAGGUCACCGCGCUCUCGACCGACACUCAAGCCCUCCUGUCUUCUUCUAGAGCACAACACGCUUCUGGGAACGUCCGUCGUGAUGGAAGCGACGAUAGCCAACCAAGGACUGUGUCUACUGGGGCCGUACUGGGCGGCACUAUUCCAACCGUAGCCUUCUUGGUGAUCGCAGUUGGAGCGACGUCCUUCUUGCGGCGCCGCAAACGUAGAAGGGGUCGUAAAGGACCCCAGGACGACAACCAGAGCGAGAUCAUCGAGUAUUUGGACUCACCCCGAGAAGCGCCUGGUCACCUCUACCCUUACUACUAUUCCAAAGACGCGAGUACCUUUCACGAAGAUCACGAAGCCUCAAUGCCUUCCUCUGCCACAUAUCUUAUUUCCGCACCCCCCAGCCCCAGUCCUUCAAUCACCCCGCCUCCCCCCGCCAUCGUGCACCAGCAUCACUGCCUCGCCCACGACAAACUCCCCUCCACAAACAGCGCGCCGACCUCCUCGACCCGCUUCAACUCCACCUCCACCUCCCGCUCCAACUCCCGCCCCACGAUCACCCGCACCGCCACCCACCCUCCUCCCCUCCUCCUCCUCCUCCCUCCCGACCCGCGGCGCCCCCUAUCGGCGGCGUCGGACACCGCGAUGCACCCGCUCUCCGCCGUCACCGCCGCGCACCCGAAGAUGCACCGCGGCCCACCGCGGCUCGUCGCCGUCAACGCGACCGCGGCGGACAUCAUCAGCCCCGCGUCGCCCGGGCCCCACGCGCGGCCGCCGUCGACGAUGAUGGACGGGGAUGGGGACCCGUUCCGAAGGAUGCCGAGCCCGGUGGUGGCGCCGCUGAGGAGCGGAUCGUCGCUCGGGGAGAUUUCCGCGCGCGCGGGAGGCGGGACGAUCCCAGAGGCGACUUCGCCGGUGGCGACGGUCGAGGUGUUGCGGGCGAGGGCGCUGGAGGAGAAGGCAAAGCCCGAGAAGGGUGGGGCGGGCGGUGGUGCCAGGGCGCACAAGGAGACGGUGACGGAGCUGAAGACCGAGAUCCAGAUGCUGAUCCAGGAGGUGAGGGCGCUGAAGAGCGACCAGGAUAUCCUGGACAGGGAGCGCGAGACGAAGUACGGGAUUGGGUCGGGGAUGUGA